ACAGGAUUAUGUUGAGGUUGUUUUUGAGAAGGACUUUCUUCGGAAUUUCUAAAUGAAAACUAAACUAUUAUUUUUCAAAUGGCUACAGACUAAGCUGCACAAUAGAGGUAAGACACAUUGGAGAUUUUUCCGAUCUGUGUACCAGUGGAAAUGGGUUCCUCUGUUUUAUGUAGAGCAGGGAUCAAGAGAGGAGUGUCCUGUAUGCUUCUGUUGCUCUUGCUUUUCUGCUUUGGAGGUAAAUGUGAGGUUCAAGAGUCAAAACCUUCACCGCCAACCAACCUCCAACCUGUAGAGAAUGAAUUCAACCAGCCCCAGGCAUACCCAGAGGAGGAGAGGGCCAACCUCCCUAUGUUCACCAUGGACUACCCCCGGAUCCAGAUCCCCUUUGAGAUCACUCUGUGGGUGCUGCUGGCAUCAUUUGCUAAAAUUGGUUUCCACAUUUACCACAAAAUCACCAUCUGGAUCCCAGAGUCAUGCCUCCUGAUCGCCAUCGGCCUCAUCGUGGGGGCCAUCAUGCACGCAGUAAAAGAGGAGCCGCCCGCCGUCCUCACCUCCAACGUCUUCUUCCUCUACAUGCUGCCCCUCAUCGUCCUCGACAACGGUUACUUUAUGCCUACGAGGCCAUUCUUCGAGAAUAUGGGCACAGUGCUGUGGUACGCCGUGGUGGGGACCCUGUGGAACAGCAUCGGCAUCGGGCUGUCCCUCUUCGCCAUCUGCCAGUUUGAGGUGUUCGGAGUUCAAGAUAUCAACCUGCAGGAGAAUUUGCUUUUUGCCUCCAUCAUCUCGGCCGUGGACCCCGUUGCUGCUCUGAAUGUGUUCGAGGACAUUGGAGUCAACGAGCAAAUAUAUAUAGUGAUUUUUGGAGAAGGACUGUACAACGAUGCUGUCACUGUGGUUCUUUACAACAUGUUUUCCUUUCUGGCCGACUUGCCAGUUGUUGAAUCCACUGAUGUGUUUCUGGGGGUGGCCAGGUUCUUCAUAGUGGCGGCCGGAGGCAUCCUCUUCGGUCUCCUGUUUGGAUUUGUGGCUGCGUUCACCACACGCUUCACUCAUAAUGUGCGCCAGAUCGAGCCCCUCUUCGUCUUCAUGUACAGCUACAUGGCGUAUCUGGUAGCAGAGUGUUUCGCCAUCUCCAGUGUGUUGGCCAUCAUCACAUGUGCCAUCACCAUGAAGCACUAUGUGGAGGAGAACGUAUCGCAGAGAUCCUGCACCACCAUCCGCCAUGUGGUCAAGAUGCUGGCCACCGUCUCCGAAACCCUCAUCUUCUUCUUUCUGGGUGUCGUUACGAUAACCACGGAGCACGAGUGGAACUGGGCCUACAUCUUGUUCACACUGCUGUUUGCCUUCAUCUGGAGAGGGCUUGGCAUCCUGGUGCUAACCCAGAUCAUCAACCCGUUCCGUACCAUCCAGUUCACCUUCAAGGAUCAGUUUGGCCUCGCCUACGGAGGCCUGCGAGGGGCAAUCUGCUUCGCCUUGGUCUUCACCUUGCCCGAUAACAUCAACAGGAAGAACCUGUUCGUCACAGCGUCAAUUGCUGUCAUUAUAUUCACAGUGUUCUUACAGGGCAUCAGCAUCCGUCCCAUAGUAGAAUAUAUGAACAUCCGGAAAACCAACAAAGACCUGAACACCAUCAACGUAGAGGUUCAUUCCAGGAUGAUGGAGCACGUUGUUUGUGGUAUUGAGGACCUUUGUGGACAAUGGAGCCAUUAUUACUGGAAAGACAAGUUUAAGAAGUUCAAUGACCGUGUUUUGAGACGCAUCCUGGUCCGAGACAACCGGGCUGAGUCCAGCAUCGUGGCUCUGUACAAGAGAUUGGAGCUGCAGAACGCCAUGGGGUUACUGGACUCACCAAUGGGAGACCUCAGUGCAGCGCCAUCCAUCGUCUCUCUGUACGACGAGAGGAAGGAAGCGUCUCGGCCUAAGAGGAAGUUCCUGGCUGGUGACGUGAGGAAAAUGCAUGACAUCCUGUCAAAGAACAUGUACAAGAUCAGACAGAAGACGAUGGCGUACACCAACAAAUACAAUCUGCCCGACGACACCCGAACCCAGGAGAUUCUGAUUCGCCGCCAUGCGAGCAUCAGACGCAGCCUGCGUGCUGAAAGUUUCCGUGAACCGUCUGCACAGAACACCUUCAAGUCUCAAAAGUACUACUCCCUGCAGCCUGGUGGUAGUCUGGAGACUGCCUUUGAACUAAGAAGAAGAAGUAAUGGUGCUGACGUGGACCUAUCCGCCCGACCACAGUCCUCCGAUGUGUCUCUACGCUCCUCAUCCCGCUCUAUACUCCCCAUGAGGAAGCUGAACACCAUCAAGGAGUCUGGAGGAGCAGUGGAGCCGCCUGCUGUUCCCCCCCACCCACACACAGAUCAGAUAGACGGAGAUAAAGACCCCCAUGAACCCAUGCAACCUCCCCAGCUACCACCACCACCGGGUGGCUGGGUACGGGAGAACCAGAAUGGGGAAGGAAACCCCCUACUCAGACACCCGUCACAGGGGUCUCGUGGGUCGGUGAGAUUUUAACUGAUCAUAACAGACAAUAAAAAGCUGCCCUCGAGGAAUAUGUUUAAAAAAUGCUUAACUUUGUUCCUCCAUUGGUACGGGUGGAUUUUGUAUACAGAAGAACAGAAUACAAUUGUAUUUAUUUUUGUAUAUUUUUUUUAUUGUUUUGGUUCCAUUUUUCAAUUAAAGGGAGUCAGCAAAGUCAUUAGUUUAAAUAAAUACAUUUUGCUUAAAAGUACUGUAAUAAGAAUAAAUGCAAAAAGUAUUACUCCUUUGUACUUCAUACAACGUAGAGGUACUCAUUGUGGAUGCCAAUAUUAUAUGCUUUUACUCUACUGUAUAUAUUUUUGAGAACAUUAGUUACUAUGCAUAAUGAGAUUACAUUUUACAGAAUAUAAAUGAACUAAUAAAUGAUGUCCCAGCUAGAAAUGUUUGGUUCUAAAAACAUUCUGAGAAUGUUACAGUCAUUGUUC